AGGAGCCAGACAACUCACCCAUUUAUAUUUCCAAACACAAUCCAAGAAACCAAAAAGAGCAACAACCAUUUUGGAGGGAGGGAGAGAUGCAAGACACCCAGGCCAAACGCUACCUUAAAGAAUGUGGCGGUCGUUGGUACGCAAAACCCGAACUAUGACAUGCCUAUUUCUCACUCCACAACCACUCCCUCCCAUUUUUAACCCCUCCAACGUUCACAAACCUUCUCGCUCUCUUCACAACCCUCUCGCCACACUCUCCCCGGGUUUUUGCUUUCCAAUUCCGAGUCCUGCAAUUCGUGCUUUUUGUUCGAAGGGAAGUGGAGGAAUGGGAGACAAAGUGGCUCAAAACCCGGACUCUAUAUCGUACCUGACGCAGCGAGAAGCCGCCGAGAUCGAUGAGACCCUCAUGGGUCCUCUCGGGUUUAGCGUCGAUCAGCUUAUGGAAUUGGCUGGUUUGAGCGUGGCCACAUCCAUAGCAGAGGCUUACAAAGCAAGUGAGUAUAACCGUGUUCUCGCUAUUUGCGGUCCUGGAAACAACGGUGGUGAUGGUCUUGUGGCUGCUCGUCAUCUGCAUCACUUUGGUUACAAACCCUUUGUUUGUUAUCCAAAGCGUACUCCGAAGCCUCUUUAUUCUGGUUUGGUCACUCAGCUGGAAUCGCUGUCGGUCCCUUUCUUGUCAGUGGAAGAUCUGCCUUUGGACUUGUCAAAGGAUUUUGACAUUCUAGUUGAUGCAAUGUUUGGGUUCUCAUUCCAUGGUACCCCAAGGCCACCUUUUGAUGAUCUAAUACAAAGACUGGUUUCUUUACGAGAUUAUGACCAAGUACGUCAAAAAUUCCCUGUUAUUGUCUCUAUAGACAUUCCAUCUGGGUGGCAUGUCGAAGAAGGAGACAUUGAUGGUGAAGGCAUUAAACCUGACAUGUUGGUAUCUUUAACUGCUCCAAAGUUGUGUGCAAAGAAGUUUUGUGGCCCACUCCACUUUCUAGGUGGUAGAUUUGUCCCACCAUCUGUUGCAGAAAAAUAUAAGCUUCGUCUUCCACCAUAUCCUGGCACUUCAAUGUGCGUUCGAAUCGGAAAGCCUCCAAAAAUUGAUAUAUCAGCACUCAGAGAGAACUAUAUUUCUCCAGAAUUCCUUGAGGAACAGGUGGAGGCUGAUCCCAUUGAUCAGUUUCGCAAAUGGUUUGAUGAUGCCGUGGCUGCUGGCUUGAGGGAACCAAAUGCUAUGGCCUUGUCAACCGCUGGGAAGGAUGGAAAACCGUCAUCACGAAUGGUGUUGCUAAAAGGAGUUGAUAGGGAUGGUUUUGUCUGGUACACCAAUUAUGAAAGCCGAAAGGGACAUGAAUUAUCUGAUAAUCCCCAUGCAUCACUGCUUUUCUAUUGGGAUGGUCUUAAUCGACAGGUGAGGAUUGAAGGAUCUGUGGAGAAAGUUUCUGAUGAGGAAUCUGAGCAGUAUUUUCAUAGCCGUCCUCGAGGAAGCCAGAUUGGAGCAAUAGUUAGCAAGCAGAGUACUGUAGUGCCUGGAAGGCAUGUUCUACACCAACAAUAUAAAGAACUGGAGGAAAAAUUUUCUGAUGGAAGUUGGAUUCCAAAACCUAAACACUGGGGAGGAUACAGGCUUACACCAGAGCUGUUUGAGUUUUGGCAAGGACAGAAGUCUCGCUUGCAUGACAGGUUGCAGUAUUCUCCUCGGGAGAUCAAUGGAGGACGAGUGUGGGAAAUUGAGCGAUUGGCUCCUUGAGUAUAGCUUAAUCUUCCUUGUGAAGCAACUGUAGAUGAUCUGUUCAUUGUUAUUGAUUGAUGGCAUUGUGAGCCUACAUUUAUAUCCAAGAGUGAUUAAUU